AUGGGUGGCAAAUAUGGCACGGGCUUAACGGAGCUUGGUGGCGGUGCCAGAUUAGAGUUUCUGAAAGAAGCAAACAACCCUGCGCCUGAGAGCACUGAAGAGCACGAGCUGAACCAGACCAGCAAAUCAAGCGAGCCUUCAACAAACACCUCGUACGAAGUGACCACUAGUAGCACCAAAACAGGGAAGGCGGCACACGCUCGAAGGGCCAGCUUCGAGGUUGAGUCACGUUUGGUCGAUGCAUCACCCUCCGAAAGCGAUGCACCAAGAACAACCGAGCAGCCUCUUUCCGAGACGGGUCAAUCGCAUCCACAGCUGCUCGGGCUGUUGGCGCAGGGCCCUACGUCCUCUACGAGCAGCAGCAUCUCACUGCCGGGCCAAUCGGUUGACUCUCGCACGGGAACGUCGCUUACCAGGACUGACGACGACCGAUCAAGCCACAGAUCUGAUGCCGGCUUCCGGUCCUCCACAAGUUGCCGGAGAGGCACCCCUCAUCAGGUCAACCUAUCUUUUGCGGAUCCAGAUACCUUUGGCACGACGCGAACCAAGCUCUUCGAGUCUCGCUCCCUCGUCGUUCACGAUGCGCAUGAGCAGAGGGAGCUGCUGUUCAGCUACGUGGUGGUCGCGGUCGCCGUGCUCGCUCUGUGCGCAAUACUCACCGCCAUACUGGUGCUCGCGGUGCCCACAGACCUACACAACACCGUCUGCACGACGGCUGCAUGCACUGCGCUGGACUCCCUGCUGGCUGCUAGCGUGGACAAAACUCGAGAUCCAUGCGUCAACUUCUACGCGCAUGUAUGCAGUGGCUGGGCGCAGACUCAGAACCAGUCGGUGUACCGAAGUCACCUUGAAGAAUUCCUUGCGCACGUGCACUCGAUCUUCCAGCGGGUGCUCGUUCCUUCCCAGGCGCAGACGGCACAGCAGAUGGUUGCCGCUUUCUACCAGACGUGCACGGCGGUGCUGGUUGACGGCACCGACGAGCUGUCCGCCUUCCGCCACCAUCUCCGUCUGGCGGGAGUGACAUGGCCUCACAUGUCCGCCGAGCCAGACCUGAUCACUACAGUGGCUUCAGUGUAUGCUGCCUUUCAAGUAACGGCGAUGCUGCGCAUACGACUCUCUAGGCGCAAUGCGAGCAACGUACUCGAAGUCGCGCCCGAUAUGGCAUUCCUCCGCGGGUGGCAGGCCGCUCGCCAACAACUCAUACAUGCUGGCGCCUAUGCGCGUUUCUUCGAGCAGACCAAGACUAAGUAUGCCGGUCACGAGAAGCCUGCAAAUUCCACGCUCAGCUACGAAAUGUUCGUCAAAGUAGAGGACACCAUUCUAGAGGCAUUAUUAGCUCACCGGGGACAAUCAGGCGACGAAGUCCAAGUCAGCCCCAUCGACAGGCUCGUUCAAAUCACCAGGCACGUUCCCACAACAACAUGGCGCGCGGUCGUCGACAAACUGGGGCUCCCAGAUAGUGCGCUCGUCUUCAUCGUAAACUUGGAGCUCAUUAAGGAGGUGGACGAGCUCUUUGCUACACUUGGCGAACGGCGCCUCCAUUUUUACUUCGGAUGGUGCGUGGUGCAACAAAUGAUGCGCUACAUCGGCAAGGAUCUCGCGAGCACCUGGCAUGACUACGAGGGCACCAGAGCAGGAACGAACAUGGCAAGUGAAUGGCGCGCACAGGCAGAGUGUAUGCAGUUGAGCGAGAAACUUGUGGGCCAAUCCACCUUUGGUAGUUUCAUCCUCCGGGAAACAACGGCCGAAGACUUCACAUACGUUUCCUCCAUGGUGCGCGCCAUCUCCGGCCAACUGAUACACGUAAAGCGCAGUGGGUCUGAGAGUGACCACAGCGACCAGCUCACUGUAGACGAGGCCGACUUCCACGUCGAGUUCCACGAGGCGACCAUGCGGGUCGUAGAUGAGGCGCUCGUGAACCAUGGCCUGUCCAACCGAUCAUCGCUGCUUAGCAAUUGGAUGGACAUCACUGCUGCGGUGGGCAGCAUCAACACGACAAUCAGAGAUCGGAUACCAACCACAUACACUCGCGACCUCGUAGCAAAACAACGGUACGACCUCUACGACUACCGAAGUGGGACACUCACGCUUCCUCCCUUCUUUGCGAUGCUUCCAGUCUACACGCGACACCUGACUGACACGGCCAAUUUUGGUGCUCUCGGCACGCUGUUCGCCACCGCCAUCUUCCGGCUUUUCGUUGCCAAGCUCGCCAGGUACUUGCCAGGUAUCAAGUUUGACGAGGAUCUGAAAAGGCUUCCCUGCUUCACCGAGUUAGCUGUUCAUACUAGGGACUACAUUGAAGUCUAUUACCACGCCGCGUCUAUCCGUCUGGCACUGAUGGCGCUGCGGUCCCUUCCCAAAAAAGACCACCAGCGACUUCGACUGUUUGGCAGAGACCGGCUAUUUUUCGUCCUGAUGUGCUAUCUCCUCUGCACUCCCAACACUUCCGAGGACACCAUCUACGCUGAAACCGUCUGCAACGAAGCCGCCAAGAACAGCCUAGAAUUUUCCAUGGCAUUUCGAUGUUCUAGGGGGACGCUUAUGAAUCCGUGGGAAAGGUGUAAUUUAUAGAUUCUUCUGGCAUUCUAAAAAGGCAGCAUUUACGGCCUUAUCGCAAUGCGCCAUGGACCAGUGUUCUACAAAGCAUUUUACAGCACGGCUUGCUUACCUAUAACAAAUGCUGUUUUGUUAAGUGAGAUAUCACAUGUGAUAACUGCUGCUUACGUGCAGUAUCCGUGCUUUAUUAUGUUGUAUUGCACCACUAACCACACCAGGGUGCCUUGUAUCAUGGUAUUGUGGCUGGUAUUGUAUGAUUCUGAAUAUUUCGUGAAUCAUAGUAGGCCUACUUGUAAAAAAUGCAUCGCUCGUGUUAGAUUAGGUGAAUGGCUGAUAAUGCAUUGACUAGUUGUAGAGAUGACUCAUGGCAUGCCUUUCUGGAAGCGCACGAAGAGCCUCACGCGCAAUCGCGCUGUAACGUUAGAUGGUUACAGUAUGCAGGUUCACAGCUCGUGGCUACCUUCUUCAAUUCUGAGCGCUUCCAAGAUGCAAAGACUGAAUGUCAUAAAACGUUAUAAAAGGGGAACCGCAUUUACCCGCAUUUGCUUUUUUACUUAUUCAGUAUAUUCUGGUAAGCCAACCAUUAUAAGGACUUCAAUA